UACUAGAAAAUGGAGCCCCCAGGCAGGGGCAAGCGCCCCCGCAGUCAUGAGCUGACACACCACAGGAGCCAGCUGUGGCACCUGCAAAGCCAUGCACUGCAGCCCAAGGGAUGAGGCCUGUUGGCUGCUCGCACCACCCCACAGAUGCUGUCCGGCAGCGCAGGUGGCUGCGUGGGCCAUUGGGCCAGACAGGGAGUGGCGCGGCCUCUGCCCUGGAAUCCCGCAGGGCCCAGGCACCAACCACAAGCCAGCAGGCAUGGGGAGCUGCAUCCCAGACACAUGCAUGCCCCCCCGUACACACAAGACCCCCCCCAUACACACCUGCACAACACACAAUAGCUCCCACACACACAUGCUCUAUCACGUGCAGUCCCACCAUGUACACACCAGCCAUGAACAAAUACUAGUGCACACAGAUAUGGACCCCCCCCCACGGCUGGGGCACUACACACACAGGCAGCCCCAUGUGCUGUGCACACAGACGGACAUGCACAAUUGCCUACACCCAACUGCGCACAUGGCCGCGCACCCUCUGGUCCAGGCAGGCCGAUGCUCACUGACCCCGUAGCCCCUGCACACACCUGCAUGGCCCAGCCCUGCCCUGGCCACCCUGGGCUCUGGGCCUCGUCCCUCGCUGUGGGCAGACAGGCGCAGACCCAGAAGCUCUGAGCCCAGCAGCAAGCAGCUGAUUAUUUUUUUACAGCUAAUCUUUCAAAUUGCAAUUUGUCUGGGACAAGCCAAUCCAGGGCCUGCCCUGUCACCCAGCCAAUGGGAGCUUAGCCCAGCAGCUCAGCCAAUCGGGGCCCAGUAUUCUAAUGGCCCACACCUUUAUCAGAGAAAUGUUGCUUCUCCUGAAGUUAAACUUCUGUGGCAGGGACCUGGGUGCAGGUGCUCUGGGGGCGCCUGGGGUCAGCCUGGCCAGCCGGCCCCGGAAUCGCAUGGGCUUGGGCCUCAGCCCCGGACAGCACCUGGCAAGGUGCUCCCAGACCAGCCUGCCCCCCGGGAGCCCGCCUGGGUCACGUGGCUGCCGUGGUGCCUGCUGCCUGGGCAGUGCCAGCAGCUGACGCCCAGGCUGGGCUGUAGGGAAGCAGCAGGAUUGUGGCCAGCUGGCUCGGCCCCCAACUGAGCCGGGCUGCCUGGGAUGGCUUUGCUAGCACGUGGCACGCAGCUGGGGCGCUAGGGGCCGGCUUGGUGCAUUCGCUGGCCUCUGCCAGGGCGAAGCAGCGCCAUGGACUCCAACCUGCAGGGGACAUUCCUGCUCAACAGCCCCUCGCUGGCCCCCUUCCCGGAGGCGAAGGCCCCCAUGUGCCAAUACGCGGUGCAGAACUCCUUCUACAAGCUCAGCCCGCCAGGACUCAGCGCCCAGCUGGCAGCCGGCACGCCGCACGGCAUCACUGAUAUCCUGAGCCGGCCAAACAGCAGCCUGCUCUCAGCCUACCCCCACACGGGCGGCUUCAAUGGCCUGGGCUCCCAGCCCGUCUACUACGGACCCCAGGUGGGGCCCUUUGCGAAGGUAGGGAGCGACUACCCGUCUCGGGGCAGGGACUCCUGGGCAGACCCCGGCCAGGACUGGCGAGGAGGCCGACCGUGCGGCAGCGCCCCGGCUCACCUGGCCGACAGCAUCCACAAGAAGAAGCACACGCGCCCCACUUUCACCGGCCACCAGAUCUUUGCGCUGGAGAAAACCUUCGAGCAGACCAAGUACCUGGCAGGGCCUGAGCGGGCACGUCUGGCCUAUUCCCUUGGCAUGACCGAGUCGCAGGUGAAGGUGUGGUUCCAGAACCGACGGACCAAGUGGCGGAAGAAGAGCGCGCUAGAGCCCUCGUCCUCCUCACAGCGGGCGGCGGGCGAACGGGCCGCCUCUGAGACUGAGGACGACGAAUACAACAAGCCCCUAGACCCCGACUCGGACGACGAGAAGAUCCGUCUGCUGCUGAGGAAGCACCGGGCUGCCUUCUCGGUGCUCAGCCUGGGAACCCACAGCGGCUGAGCCCCCGGCCCCCUGCAGUGCCUGGCACUGGCCCCAUGCCCAAGAUGCCUGUGCACCAGCCUGCACGCUGGCUGCUCAGAGCCACAGACACGCAGAGCAGCGCCUGAGCUGGCAGGGGCUGCUCUGAGCGGGAGGGGUCGAGCCUUGAGGUACAGGGUCCUGGAGCCUGCCUCCUCCCCGGCUGAGUUGUGAGGGGACAGGAGCAGCCCUGACCCCACAGGAGCUGCCAGCGCAGCCUUGGGCCAUAGAGCCAGGCUGCGAAUGGGAAAGGGGGGCUCUGCCUCUGUCACUGCCCCACGCUGGGAGGGGGCUGCCUCCAACCUGGGCAGA